AUGGCGCCCGAACUGUCAGAACCGAAAAGCAAACUCACUACACGGCGCCUACGGGUGGAAGAAGGGACCAAAUCUCAUCAGAUAUCGGCGCAUGCGCAGAAUGUACUCUACUCUUCAACCCUUCGCUCAAUGCCAUGUAGAUCAUGUGACACAUUCUUUGAGCCUGCUGAGUCAAAGCUUGUGGUUACAGUGCAGUGUAAUGUCCCAGCAAGGGGUGUAGACACCCCUGCUGACCAUAGUGGAGGCCGGCCUGUCAAUAUGGCUGUCGCUGCAGCUGCUGCUGUAAAUAGGCACGGCUCUGCGGGCAGGAUGGAGGGGAUCAGCAGGCAGAGCCGGACGGGUCCAGGGGGAGCGGUGAAGGUCCUGGAAUGUGGCGUCUGUGAAGAUGUGUUCACUCUACAAGGGGACAAAGUUCCACGAUUGUUGCUGUGUGGCCAUACCGUCUGCCACGACUGCUUGACCCGCCUCCCUCUGCACGGGAGAGCGAUACGCUGCCCAUUCGACCGGCAGGUCACUGAACUAGGGGACUCCGGUGUGUGGGGCCUAAAGAAAAACUUUGCUUUAUUGGAACUUCUUGAACGGCUACAGAAUGGGGCUAGUGGUCAGUGCAGUUCUUCAGAGGAGUCUAUAGGAGGCUCUGGAGAGAGUAUAGUCCGCUGUGAUGAAGAUGAAGCCCAUGUAGCUUCAGUAUACUGCACUGUAUGCGCCACUCACCUGUGUGCAGACUGCUCCCUGCACACCCAUUCCACAAAGACCCUGGCUAAACACCGGCGUGUCCCUUUAGCUGACAAACCGUACGAGAAAACCCUGUGCUCCCAACACCAAGUCCACGCCAUUGAGUUUGUGUGCUUAGAAGAUGGCUGCCAGCCCAGCCCACUGAUGUGCUGUGUGUGCAAGGAGUAUGGGAAACACCAAGGACACAAGCAUGAUGUACUCGAGUCAGAAGCCAGCCAGAUUCGUGCCUCCAUCUUAGAUAUGGCGCAUUGUAUACGGAGUUUCACUGAGGAGAUCUCAGAAUAUUCCCGGAAGCUGACGGGCAUCGUUCAACAGAUUGAAGGUGGCGAGCAGAUUGUGGAAGAUGGCAUUGGAAUGGCACACACUGAACAUGUCCCGGGGACAGCAGAAAAUGCCCGCUCUUGUGUCCGAGCCUAUUUUUCUGAUUUACAUGAAACACUCUGCCGUCAGGAGGAAAUGGCACUCAGCGUUGUGGAUGCACAUGUGAGAGAGCAGCUCAUCUGGCUGAGGCAGCAACAAGAAAACAUGACCAUCCUAUUGUCUGAGGUGUCCACUGCUUGUCUGCAUUGUGAGAAGGCUCUGCAGCAGGAUGACUGCAGAGUGGUUCUGGCCAAGCAGGAGAUCACCCGACUAUUAGAGACUCUUCAGAAACAACAGCAGCAGUUUACUGAGCUGGCAGAUCACAUCCAGCUGGAUGCCAGUAUUCCUGUUACAUUUACAAAGGAUAAUAGAGUUCACAUUGGUCCAAAAAUGGAAAUUCGAGUUGUGACUCUGGGACUUGAUGGAGCAGGAAAAACAACAAUUUUAUUUAAGUUAAAGCAAGAUGAAUUCAUGCAACCAAUUCCAACAAUUGGUUUUAAUGUUGAAACUGUUGAAUAUAAAAACUUGAAGUUUACCAUUUGGGAUGUUGGAGGCAAACACAAGCUGAGACCUCUGUGGAAGCAUUAUUAUCUUAAUACUCAAGCUGUCAUAUUUGUAAUAGACAGCAGCCACCGUGACCGUAUCACCGAGGCCCACAGUGAACUUGCAAAGCUGCUUACAGAGAAGGAACUGCGUGAUGCACUGCUAUUAAUAUUUGCCAAUAAACAGGAUGUUGCAGGUGCCCUUUCCGUGGAAGAAAUGACAGAGCUACUGAGCCUUCACAAACUGUGUUGUGGCCGCAGCUGGUAUAUCCAGGGCUGCGAUGCCCGCAGUGGUAUGGGGUUGUAUGAUGGCCUUGACUGGCUCUCCAGGCAGUUGGUAGCAGCUGGGGUGCUGGAUGUCGCCUAAAUAUCAGCAUUUGCCGUCAAGUCCCAAUUGUCUGACUUUCUAAAUGUAUCUGUUACAUAGAGAUUGUUGGGUCAUUUCAGUGGCUAAUGUCACAUGGGCAAUAUGUGUGGCCUGAUAUUUUAGCCUGAGGAGCCUGGUGAAUAUACAUUGCAUUGUGCUGGGCAUAAGAAGCAGGCCAAGGUAAAGGUCCUUGAUACAGCAGCAACAGUACAUGUUAGAAAUGCUGCAGGCAGCUUUUGUUGGGUGUAGCAGUACUUAUGUGACAUGAGCCUGGAAAACCACUUCUUACAUGGGCGGGCAAAUGGAAUGCAUAGGCUUUAAGCUCCUGUAGUUAAAAUAUGCAGGUGAGCAAAUGCACUGUAUGACAUUUGUCUAAGCCUUCACUUUAUCUACCAUAAAUAAGCUUCUGAAAGAGAACCAGUCAGAACUGUUUUUA